UGAGCCGAGCUGAAGAAGAUGAAAUUUGGCAAGACCUUUGAGUCGCAUUUGACAAUUGAGUGGCGUCAGCAGUAUAUGCGCUAUACGAUGCUGAAAGCGCUAAUACGACGCGGCGUGGAGCAAGCACCGCGUCCGGAGCAUGCCACGCAAUUGGAAAUCUCUGCCUAUUACAAGCAAUUCGAGGAGCAGUUCUUUGCCGAGUGCCAGGUGGAGCUGACGCGCGUCAACAAUUUCUUUCUGGAGAAGCUUGCCGAGGCGAGGCGCAAGCAUGCGACGCUCAAGCUGCAGCUGCUGGACACAAUGCGUGUGCAUCAUGAUCAUGACCCCGGGAGCUUUCAAUCGCUGCACAGUGGGCAACGCAGCAAUGCGGCGGAGAAGCGCAAAAUGAUGACGCCGCGGCAGCUGCGCAUUGCCUACAGUGAGUUCUAUUUGAUGCUGGUGCUGCUGCAGAACUUCCAAGCAUUGAAUGAAACGGGAUUUCGUAAGAUCUGCAAAAAGUACGACAAGUACUUGAAGUCGACGCGUGGCAUGCAGUGGCUGGAACGUAGUUUGGGCACAAUUGCGUUUACCGAUUAUGCGCCGCUGCGACGCAUUGUCAGCGAGGUGGAGGAUUUGUAUACGGAGCACUUAGCGGCUGGAGAUCGUGCUCAGGCUAUGGCCAAGCUGCGUGUGCCACCGCUUGGGGAACCAUCGCCGCCACGCAUUGUUUUUCGCGCUGGUCUAACGCUGGGCAUGUUCCUAAUGCUGCUGCUCAUCACUAUACUAAGCUAUAUGCGACGUCCGCCCGUUCCCGCUAAUCUGCCCGCAUUUCUAUGUCUCUAUCGCGGUCCCUUCACCUGGGUCAUCUUCAACUUUUACAUGGCCGCCAAUGUGGCAGGCUGGCGCAGAUUUGGCAUCAACCAUGUGCUCAUCUUUGAAAUCGAUCCGCGCAGUCAUUUGCUGCCUGCAACUUUUUUGGAAAUCGCCUCCACAUUCGGCAUACUUUGGACGCUCUCCAUGCUCGGCUUUCUCUUUCACGAUCUGCUGCAUGUCCCUGAUCCAUUUGUGUUUCCGCUCGCCCUAACGCUCAUCAUGGUAACGCUGCUCAUCAAUCCCUUGCCCAUUAUGAACUGGCCGGCACGCUGGUGGACCAUCAAGCUGGUGGGUCGCGUCAUCAGUGCGCCAUUUCAUUAUGUGGGCUUUGCCGAUUUCUGGAUGGGCGACCAGAUGAAUUCGCUGGCCAAUUGUGUGGCCGAUUACUACUAUAUAGCGCGAUUCUUUAUCAUUUGCUGGCGACGCUAUACAAAUCUCAAUCCCUGCUUUGCUGAGGAUAUAUUUGCGCCCAUAUCCAAGUGCCUGCCUGCCUGGUUUCGAUUCGCGCAAUGCUUGCGACGCUUUCGCGACAGCGGCUCCAAGUCGCUCAGCUAUCUGGUCAAUGCGGGCAAAUACUCCACCACCUUCUUUGUGGUGCUCUUCAGCACAUUGCGCAAGCGCACAGAUGAUGGCUAUGCAAACACGUUUAGCAAUCCCUAUACCUGGCUCUUUAUCACCAGUUACAUUGUGUCCACCGGCUACUGUUAUGCGUGGGAUGUUAUACGGGAUUUCGGUCUAUUCCAGAUCUGGCGUGGCGAGCAUUUAUUUCUGCGCAAGCAACUCGUUUAUCCCCAAUACUUUUACUACUUUGUAAUCGUUGAGAAUUUCAUAUUGCGCUGCUAUUGGGCGCUGGAGUUUACGCUGCUAUACUUUAAGAUCGUCUCGCCGUAUGCGGUAAAGACAAUGGGCGGAUUUUUGGAAAUAACGCGGCGUUUUAUAUGGAACUAUAUUAGAUUGGAGAACGAGCAUCUGAAUAAUUGUGGACGCUUUCGUGCUACACGCGAUAUCAAUGUGACUGCGCUGAAUGCACGACAGGAGCGACAGCUCGAAGCGAUGAUGGACGAGGGCAAGAAGAAGGAGGAGCGCCAGCGUCUGGACAAGCAAUACUUUUAAAUAAGCCCA